UUUCCAGAAGAAAAGAUUAAAGGGGAAUUAUCAAGAACAGCUUUUUUUUUGAAUAGUAAAAAAUAAAAUGGCCACAACCUUGGCUCUUCAGACUGAGCUGAUCCAGGGAGGACUUCUGGCAGUGAAGGUAAAGGAAGAAGAAAAGGACCGUGCCUGUGGGCGAGAAUCUGGCCUGUCAAGAAGUAACCUUCAUACCAGAGAGUUCUUCCGUAGACGCUUCAGGCAGUUCUGUUAUCAGGAGACCACUGGUCCCCGGGAAGCUCUUCAGAGACUCCAGGAGCUCUGCCAUCAGUGGCUGCGGCCUGAGAUGCACAGCAAGGAGCAGAUCCUGGAGCUGCUGGUGCUGGAGCAGUUUCUGACAAUCCUGCCUGAUGACCUGCAGGCCUGGGUGAGAGAGCACCACCCUAUGAAUGGAGAUGAGGCAGUGGCUGUGCUGGAGGAUUUGGAGAGAGAGCUGGAUGAACCAGGAGAGCAGGUCCCAAGUCAUGCACAUAAACAGGAAAUAUUUGUAACACAGAAGGCAACUCAAGGAGCAGCCCAGGAGUCAUCAAGUGGCCAAUUCCAAAUCUUGGAAAAGAAGCUGCAGUGUAACUUACCAGAGGCGUGCCCGGUUCAAGACAUUGAUGGUAAGGCUGGUAACUGGAAUGUGGAGUUAGCUUCUGCAAAAGAACUUUCUAAAGAAAUGAAAUCUCUCAUACAAGUACCUGGAAAACUUAACAGUGAUGUUACUAAAGUGUCAGAAUGUAGAGACACCUGUGACCACGAGGGCAAAUUGGAAAGGCAACGGGUAAACUCUUCAAUAGAGAGACCCUAUAUCUGUGGUGAAUGUGGAAAAAGCUUUACCCAGAAUUCUAUCCUUAUCGAGCACCAGAGGACACACACAGGUGAGAAACCCUAUGAAUGUGAUGAGUGCGGGAGGGCCUUUAGCCAGCGGUCAGGCCUGUUCCAGCACCAGAGACUUCACACUGGGGAGAAGCGCUACCAGUGCAGUGUCUGUGGUAAAGCCUUCAGCCAGAAUGCUGGGCUUUUCCAUCACCUCAGAAUCCACACUGGAGAAAAGCCUUAUCAGUGCAAUCAGUGCAGCAAGAAUUUUAGUCGACGUUCUGUCCUCACUAAGCAUCAGAGAAUUCACACUGGAGAGAGACCUUAUGAAUGUGAAGAGUGUGGCAAGAACUUCAUUUACCAUUGCAACCUCAUACAGCAUCGGAAAGUCCACCCUAUCACUGAACUGAGGUAGCUUCUUGGAAUAGGGAAGG